AUGGAGGCAGCCCCCGGCGUGUCACCGCCGCAGGCGGACACGGACCGAGCUGGAUGUACCACGGCGCAGCCUACAGAGCCGGCUGACGCCCACGGAGCUUCGUCGUCGCCGACGGGAAGCCUUCCAACGCGGACCAGCCAUGGAAACGAAGCCGCUGGUGACGCCGUGUUGCCGCCGCCGGCGGACACGGGCCAACCCGGGGCCACUGCGGUGCAGCCUGCAGGCCCGGAUGCAGCGGCUGUAGCUUACGGAGCCUCGUCGCCGCCGGCGGGAGGCCUACAAACACUGAGCACGGGCCGAUGUGCAGCUGCCGGCCCCGCCGUGUCACCGCCGCCGGCGGACACUGGCCAGAUUGGGUGCACCGCAGCGCAGUCUACCAGGCCGGCUGCCGCCUACGGAGCCUCGCCGCCGCCGGCGGGAGGCCUACCCACGCGGACCAGGGACGGAGGUACAGCCGCCGGCUACGCCGUGUCGCCGCUGCCGGGGGACACCAGCCAAGCCGACUGUUGUGCGGCACAGCCCAUCGAGCUGAGUGAGACUACUGAUGUCUACGGAGCCUCGCCGCCGCCGGCGGGAGGCAUGCCAACUCGAAACACGGAUGGAGGCCCAGCCGCCAGCACCGCCGAGUCGCCGCCGCCGGCGGGCACCGGCCAAGCCGGCUGUAGUCAUGCGGCGCAGCCUACCGAGCUGGCUGACGCCUACGGAGCCUCGCCGCCGCCGGCGGGAGGCCUGCCAGUACGGAGUGGGGACGGAGACCCGCCCGCACAAAUGGUGGCGGCUCACGCCGCCGCGCUCCUCCGUACGCCGCAGGGAUGCGUGUCCGCCGGUGACAAGUCCGAUCGGCGCGGUGACACGAACCUCGGUGACACCACCCUCCACUCGGUCGAGGUGGUGGAUGAGGACCCGCUUCACGCAGCUGUCGUCGCAGCUAUGCUCGCUGAGCGGGAUACGGAGUGCGACUCGCGUCUGCCGCCGCUCGUGGCCCCGAGUCCAGGGGUGACCAGAGCCGCCGCUGACCGCGACCCGUGGCCGCCACCGACACCGGAGCGACGCCUGCCGCGGACCUCCCCGUGCGACGGCGGGCGCGUCCGCUGCAAGAAGCGCCCGAGACGCCGCGGAAGAGAGCGCAGGCGCCGCCGUUUGCACCGCGCUGCGGUGGCCUUGUGCGCCCGGACCCCGGAGGGUCCGCUGUGGCGCUUUGGAAUGAAGACGAUGUGA